AUGAAAAAGAACUCAACUUCAAAAAAUGCAAGAUUAUUAACAGAAUUAGAAGAAAUUUCCUGCAUGUUAAAUCAAAAAAAUGCUACAAUUGAAAACAAUAAUAAUUUAUCUAAUGAUACAAUUAAGCUCAAUACAGAAAUUAAAUCAUUUAUGGAUGAUACACGUAAUGAACUUCAAUUUUAUCUUGAAGACAAUAAUAUUAAGAAUGACACAGAAAAAUGUCAAAAGGCAUCCUCAUACAUAAAUUGGAGAGGAAUGGACUAUGUUAAUUUGCUAUUAAGUGAAAAAGAAGAUUAUAAUAUCUCCUGUCUUGUUGAAAAAUGGAAUAAGAAAAAAGGGUCUUUUGAAAAAAGUAUAGAUGAAGAAAUAAAUUCAACAUGUAAUGUAACAACUUUUGAUUAUUGUGCUAUUUUGAAUAAAAAUGAAAACUGCACUAGACCUUAUGAAUAUAAUGAUCUAUCAGUAAGCCCAUUAUUAACAUACGAUCAACUCAAUAAUGCUACUUAUAGUACUAAUAAAACUCAAAUUAUUGAAGAUAGACGGUUAAGUUUUCUCAAUAUUACUAAUGAUAUGUCUUAUUACCAUUUCAGGGUUUACGAGAAAGAUAGAUCUGAACGUAAUUGCGGGAAAUGGAGCAUGUAUAUAUAUAAGAGAGGAAAACAAUUUGUUAAUAUGGCGGAAAAUGAAUUAUAUGAUGAUCAUUUAUAUAUAAAUGAUUCUAUUAGAAUAUGGAAUGCUCAUAGUAAUACAUUGCAAAAUACUGAGUUAGAAGACACUGGUAUUCAAUGUAAUAUGACAACAUUAAUUCAUCAAAUUAAAGAGAGACAAAAUACAGCUGACCCAUAUAAUUUAGAUUGGCUUUCUUCAAAUAGCACUCAAAAUAAAUCUAAUGAAACUUUAAAUAAUACUACUACAUUACCAGAUGUCUUACAACCUACCACUGUAACUCCUAAAGAAUUACUUAAUGCUACUACUACAAAUUUAUCAGAUAAUAAUACGACUAUUGUUAAUAACGUAAAUAAUGUGAAUUCCUCUGAAAAUACAUUAACAAAUGUCACCUCAGUACCGCCAGUUACUGAAGAUCAAAUUGACCCAAAAACUUCAACCACAAGUUCGCCAGUAGACUCAACACAAUCCAAUUCUUUAACUCUAAAAAAAACAAUGCAUUCUAUUACUAAUAAUAUAUCUAACACAACCUCAUCAUCACAUUCCCCCAAGGUUGUAACAUCUCCUACAACUGAAACAUUACCUUCAAAUUCUACUACAAGUAGUGGCACACCUUCAGUUACACCUUUACCUGGAGAAAUAUCUGCUACAACGGCCAUUGAUUAUUCUAAUACUACUAUGAAGUCAUUUACAAAUAAUACUGCACCUUCUACUACUAUCACUCCACCUCUUACAACUGCAUCUUUGCCUCCUGAAAGUGCAAUUUCUGUAAAAAAAAUUAUACCUACAAAUAGCACUGAAUCUCCUACAAUUGAUUCUUCUCCUACAACUAUGACUACAACUCCUUCACAUAGCUCUCCACCUUCACUACCUUCAUCUACUCCUACGAUCACCAUUUUGCCUUCCACAAAUAAUUCUGUAUCCCCAACUGAUAACACAGAACAACCUACAUCUACAAUUGACUCUUCUAUAAGUGGUAAAAAAUCUUCGUCAAUACAUAAGCCUGCAGAUUCUAUAUCUAAUAUGGAAUCUUCUACGAGCAAUACUACACAUUCUGCAGCUACAUCUUCUUUUUCCACUGAGAUUAAACCUUCUGCAACUACAUCAUCAAUUUCCUCUAAAAAUAUAUCUGUUAUUAAUCACGAUUCUCCCACAGAUGAUAUGAAUACUUCUAAAAUUAAUUAUGAAUCCAUAAAUACAACUGAAGCUUCUACAAUUACACCUAAACCCUCUAUGCCUACUAUUGUGUAUCCUACAACUGUAACUGAAUCUUUUAAAGAUGGAUCUAUACUCCCUACUACUGUAGAUACUAAUAUUACUACCACUUCACCUUUAACAGAUAGCUCUACACCUUUCUCGAUAAAUGGCAUUGAAAAUUCUACUACCACUAUUGAACCAUCUACAAACAGAGUUGCAUCUCCUGAAACUGACGUUAUAUCUCCUGCAAUUAACACUACAUCUCUUAUGUCUGAUAUUACAUCUCCAACUCCACUUUUGUAUUCCCCUGAUAAUACAUCUAUUCUCACAAAUACAACUGCUAUUGUUCCUAUAACGAAUAACAAUUUACCUUCAAAUCAGACAGAUAUUAUCCAAACGCAGAACCAACAAAAUAUACAUGCCCCUCUUAAACAGAUUCAACAACAUGUAAAUGUAAGAAAUUGUACUGAAAACACUUUACCAUGUCCAAAUGCGACUGUUCCAUAUACUUUGACGCCAACCAAAUCAAGUGACCCUAUCGAAGUUCCGCCUACGGUUACACCUAAAGGUGAUUUAUUAAUACCAAUGGUUUCAGGAGGUAUUUUUCUUUUAGGAAUUAUUUUUUUUUUGAUUCUUCUUUGUAAAUAUACUCCUAUUGGAUCUUGGAUUCGUAAUAGGAAGUCAAAAAAAAAAAAAGCAAGAAAAAAGAUUAAGAAAAUAACAAGGGAACCGUUGCUAAUGGAUACAAAUAAUACAAAGAAUGAAUCAAUAAAUAGAGAAAAUUAUUCAUUCCUACACCAUGAAAAAGAAAUACCACUAUGUGAUAUGAGUUUGAAAAAUCGAAAAGAUUUGAAGUAUAAAGAAGUGAAGAAAUCCAAAGCACAUAAAGGAAUGCAUAUGGAAAAUGAAAAAGAUUUGAAGUAUAAACAAGUGAAAAAAUCCAAAGAGCAUGACGGAAUGUAUAUGGAAAAUGAAAAAGAUUUGAAGUAUGAACAAUUAAAAAAAUUCAAAGAACAUGACGGAAUGUAUAUGGAAAAUGAAAAAGAUUUGAAGCAUGAACAAAUAAAGAAAUUCAAAUCGCAUGAAGUAACGUAUGUGGAAAAUGAGGAUGAUUUAAAGUUUGAACAAAUGAAAGAAUCCAAAGCAAAUGAAGGAAUGUAUAUGGAAAAUGAAAAAGAUUUGAAGUAUGAACAAAUAAAGAAAUUCAAAUCGCAUGAAGUAACGUAUGUGGAAAAUGAGGAUGAUUUGAAGUUUGAACAAAUGAAAGAAUCCAAAGCAAAUGAAGGAAUGUAUAUGGAAAAUGAAAUAGAUUUGAAGUAUGAAGAAAUGAAGAAAUCCAAAGCACAUGAAGGAAUAUAUAUGGAAAAUGAAAAUAAAUGUAUUCGUGAAGUUGUAGAUAUAUCAAAGAAGCACGAAAAUGAAUCGAUAUUGGUAGAAAAAUUAUAUCCAGAUGAUCCUAGAAAUGAAAUUGAAGAAAUUGAAUUGAACGUAAAUAAAUCUAGAAAUGAAAUUAAAGAUGAAUUAAAUAAAAAUAUAUUAGAAAAAGACCCUGUUCAUAUUGUAUGGCAUAUUAGUAAUGGCACAUUAAAUGAGGAAAAAGCAAAUGAAAUAAAUUCGCAAAAAGAAAAAUCUACAUGUGAAAAUGAAAUGAAAAAUUUAGAAAAUAAAAGAUCACUUAAUGAUGAAGUAUGUAGUUGGAAUACAUGGAUAAAUAUACAUUUGAUAGCCUUACUUGAGUAUAAAAAAGAAGAAUGGAAAUUGAAUAAAACCGAAUUUUUUAAUAUUUGUUUAGAAGAGAUCAAAAAAGAUGGAGAAAAUUCUAAUUUAAAAGAUAUGGGAAAUAAUUUUGUAAUGAAAAUAAAAGAAGAAAAUACUACCGAUACAAUAGAUAAAAAUAGUAGUAUAUUAGAUAAAUAUAAAAAUGAAGAAUGGUUUAUUAAUUUGAAGAAAGAAUGGGAACAAGAACAAGAAAAACACUUACAAUAUUUAGAAGGACAUGAAAUUAAAAAAAUGUCAGAAUUGGGAUUAAACAAUUUUAUUCUAGGUAAAAAAAAAAAUAUAUGGAAGAAAUGGAUAGAAUGGAAAAUAGAGCAUUCACACAAAUACAAAAAUCAGAAUUGGUUUAUAAAAUUGUUAGAAGAAUAUGAAAAAGAAGAUAUUCAUGAAAAUAUAAAAGAAGAAAAAAUAGAGAAUAAAGGAAAUAAUGGAAUAGAUGAAUGUGAAAUGAAGAAAAAUUUGGAAAGUAGAAUUUUGUUAGACAUUUAUAUGAUGGUAUUAGAGGAAUGUACGAAAGAAGAGUGGGAAAAAGAAGAAGAAUUUUUUAAAGCAAAUAUGGAAGAGAUAAAAAAAUAUAAAAAUUUGGAGGAAAAAACAAACAUAUUAGAUAAAAUAGAAAGCGAAAGAAGUUGGAAUUUUAUAUCAGAGAAAAAAAAAGAGCAAAUAGAAAAAUGGAAAAGAGAAAAAUGGUUUAUUGAGUUAAUGUUAGAAUGGAAAAAUAAUGAAGAAAAAUAUAUGAUGGAGACAAAUAAAGAAAUUUUAGUAAAAAAGAAUAAAGAAAGAAUAAUAAAUGUUAUCUUAGAAAAAAAAAGAAAUAUAUGGAAAAAACAUUGUGAAAAUAUUUAUAGAAAGUGGAAAGAAGAUGACAACAAUGAAGAAUGGUUUACAAAGUUAGUUAAUAUAUAUGAAAAUGAACAGAAUGAAUAUAAAAAUAGAAUUUAUAAAAAUAGUAUAGGAAAAAAAAAAGAAAAUGUGAAAAACAUAGAACGUUGUGAACCAGCAACAGAGUUUAACAAAAAGGGAGAAGAAAAAAUGAGAAAAUAUGAAAGGAAUUGUUUAGAGGAAUCAUAUGAAAAGAAUAAUUCUAUAAUAAACAAAAAAAAACUAAAAUGGAAGACUUUAAUAGAAAUAUAUAUGGUAAUAUUCGAGGAAUAUAGAAAAGAGGAGUGGUUAUUGAAUAGAGGAAAAUUUUUAGAAAUCUGUUUAGAAGAAUUUAUAGAAGAAGAAAAAGAAAAAUAUCCAAAAAAAAUAGAAAAUGAUUUAGAAAUGAUGAGAGAAGGGGAAGAAGACAUUAGUACAUUGAUGAUUGAGAAACAAAAAAUUUUAUGGAAAAAAUGGGUAAAAAGAAACAAAAGAAUGUCAGAGAAAUGGAAAAAUGAAGAAUGGUUUAUUAAUUUGAAAAAAGAAUGGGAAAAAGAACAAGAAAAUUUUGAUGAAUUAACAAAAGAAUCAGAAAUAUCAGAUAUAAAAGCAGGAAAAAAUCCUAUGCUAGAGAAACAAAAAAGAAUAUGGAAACAAUGGAUAAAAAAACAAAGAAUGUGGUUUAUACAACAUAGCGAAGAGGAAUGGUUUAAUGAUAUAUUAGAAGAUUAUGAAAAAGAACAAGAAUGUAUGAAAGGAAUAACUAAAGAAGAUACGAAAAAAGCGAAGGAAAUUCAUGAAAAUAUAAAGGAAUUUAAACAAGAAAGAGAUGAAGAAAUAAAAAAAUAUAAAAAAAAAGAAAAAUUGAUGCAAAAGGUUUUGAUAGAAAUACAUAUGACGCUAUUAGAAGAAUGUUUGAAAGACGAAUGGCAAAAAGAAAAAGAAUAUUUUUUUAAAACAAUGAUGGAAGAGUUGAAAAUACAAGAAAAUUUAGAUGAACAUGUUAUCAUAUUGGAAAUAAAAAAAAAAAGAAGUAGGAAUGCUAUAUUAGAUAUUGAAAAAGUGGAAAUAGAAAAAUGGAAAAAGAAAAAAUGGUUUAUAGAGUUAAUGUUGGAAAUGAAUAACAAGGAAAAAAAAUACAUAAAAGACAUAUAUGAAGAUAUGAUAGCAAAAAGGAAUGAAGAUGGAAUUAAAAAUCCCAUGUUAGAAAUGCAAAAAAUUAUAUGGAAAAAACACUGUGAAGAUAUUCAUAGGAAGUGGAUAGAAAAAAAUAAUAAGGAAAUUUUACAACACUAA